AUGGCCGCCAGCACCGGCAACUCGCUUGCCGCCCUGCUGUCCCAGACACACCUCGACGAUCACGACGAAAUUCUCAAGGCCGCGAACGCCCAGCUCGCCAAGUCGAAAAGCGACGUCGACGCGCAGCACGUCCGUGCCGUUGCCCUGCUCAAGCUCGACCGCUUCGACGAUGCCCUGCGCCAGAUCGAGCAAGGCGGCGAUGCUCUGAAGAAGAGAGUGCCAUUGGAGCACGCCUACGCCCUGUACAAGACGGGCAAGCUCGCCGAAGCCGAGCAGGUCGCCGCCGAUGCCGCCAGCAACAACGCCGGACGCGGCGCGCAGCACGUCCUCGCCCAGGCGACCUACCGCGGCGAGAACUUUGCGCGCGCAGCUGAUGUGUACAAGGAGCUGGCGACGCGGCCGCAGGACGGCGAGGGCUACGAGCACUACAACGACCUGCGCAUCAAUCGUCUGGCCGUCGACGCGCAAUUGCAGUGGCAGCCCAAGCAUGGCAAGCUGGCGGAGAAGUGGAGCAGCGGCAAGGUCGGCCGGGAAGACCUGGAGGCAUUCGAGACGGCGUACAACGCGGCGUGCAGCAGCAUCGCGUGCGGCGAGUUCGGGCAGGGCGAGAUGCUGCUGAAGCGCGCGAAGGACCUGUGUCUGGCCUCGGAGGACCUGACCGAGGAGGACAAGAAGGCCGAGAUCAUGCCCAUCAUCAUCCAGCAGAUCUACGUGCUGCACAAGCUACGCAAGUUCGACGAGGCGGCGAAGCUGGCCGAAGAGGUCUCAUCACAGGAUAUCCCGGACCCCUCGACGAGACACAUCGCCCACGUCAACGGCAUGGCCAGGGCCGCCGAGGACACCAAUCCCUACCUGAGCUCGCGCAGCAUGCAGCAGUCGGCGAAUCUUCCCGUCAGCGACAAGCCGUUCGCCUUUCAAUCCAACAUCCUCGACCACAAUACCUACGUCAUGGACCUCUCGUCCCACAAGCACAAGGGCGUCGCCAGCACCACCCUGCACAAGAUUGCCGCCGACCCCGUCGCCUCCACCCACCCGCUCACUGCGAGCCUCUCCGUGGUGAACGCCGCAGCGCACGCCAAGGGCGCGCGUGGUAGGGCAGGCAUCAAGCAGCUCCUCCCGCUCAUCAACAAGCGUCCUCACGACAUCGGCCUCGCCCUCACCAUCGUACAAAUCUACGUCGACGAGGGCAACUACGGCGCAGCCACACCCCUCCUCGAGAACUUCCUGGUCCGCCUCGAGAACAGCGGCAACUCAGACGUCCUCCCCACGCGCUUCGCGCCCGGCGUCGUCGGCACCCUCGCAGCCCUCUACGCGCACGCCGGCCGCCGCAGCUCCGUCCGCACCGAGCUCACCAAGGCCGCAACCUACUGGCUGCAGGCCAGCAAAAGCAAAAACAGCGACGCGACGACGCCCCCGCCGGCCUCGCUCCUCCGCGCCGCCGGCGCCGCCCUGCUCGAGUCGUCGCAGCCCGCGGACCUCGAGCAGGCCGGCACCAUCUUCUCGGCGCUCCUCGCCGCCGACCCGGCCGACCGCGCCGCGGCGGCCGGCCUCGUCGCCUCGUACGCGUCGACGCAUCCGGACCGGAUCGAGGCCGCGCAGCUCGACGCGCUGACGCCCGUGGCGCGCCUCGUCGCCGACGUCGACGUCGACGCGCUCGAGGGCGCCGGCGUGGCGACGGCGGCGGUCGUCCCGCAGACCACCACUGCUGGCUCGAAGCGGUCGGCGCCGAAGGAUGAUGGUGGUGCACGGAAGAACAAGAAGGUGCGCAAGAGCAGGCUGCCCAAGGACUUUGACCCGGGCAAGAAGGUGGAUGCGGAGAGGUGGCUGCCGAUGCGCGACCGCAGCUACUACAAGCCCAAGGGCCGCAAGGGCAAGCUGAGGCAGGCGGGCCUGACGCAGGGCGGCGUGGUGGCGGAGGAGAAGCAGCAAGCUGGUGGGGCAGGACAGCAGCAGCAGCAGACUGGUGGUGGAGGCGGCGGUGCCAAUAAGAAAAAGAAGAAGGGGAAGAGGUGA